AUGACUAAUAUAGUUGUAUUAGGAGCCGGAGUUAUUGGUUUAACAACAGCACUAGAAUUGAAAAUAUGGAAUCCAAAAUUAGAUAUAACUAUAGUUGGACAAUUUUUACCAGGAGAUUUAGAUCCAACAUAUACUUCACCUUAUGCCGGUGCUAAUCAUCAUUCAUUUGCAAGUGAACAGGAUAAAGUUUUACAAGAAAUAGAUAAAGUAGCAUAUAAGAAGUUCUUACAAUUAGCUAAAAAUGAUCCAAUAAGAUCUGGAAUUUGGUCAAUUGAUAAUGUUUCAUAUUUUACGGAUUAUGAAGUAACUUCAAAAAAGGGAAAUUUUAAAAAAAUGAUACCAUGGUUUAGGGACUUUGUUGAAGAUUUUAAAAUAUUGGAUAAGUCAGAAAUACCAUUUAAUGAUAUUUCAUUUGGUACUAAAUAUAAAGGUGUUGUUAUUUCAGUACCUACUUAUUUAAAUUACUUAGUUCAACAAAAUAAAGAAGUUGGUAAUAAAAUAUUUAAAAUACAACCAGUUAAAAAUAUUGAAAAGGCUAGAUCUUUACAUUCUUCAGGCAAGAAAGCAGAUUAUGUUAUAAAUGCAACUGGAUUAAAUGCAACAAAGAUAGCUGGUGUUGAAGAUAAAAAAUUGACAUUUCCAGUUAGAGGACAAGUUAUAUUAGUUAAAAAUAAUGCAAAAGUUCAGUUAAAUGUUGAAGGAUUCCCUGGAUCUCCUAAUGAAAUGCUUUAUAUGAUGCCUAGAAGAGAAGGUGGUACAAUAAUUGGAGGUUGUUUCUUACCAAAUGAUACAAAUACAAAAGAAGAUAAAGAAUUUACAAAAAGGAUAAUUAGAAGAGCUAUUAAAUAUGCACCUGAAUUGAUAGACCCAAAAUUUAAGAAAAAUCCAUCUGAAUUAGUCAUUGAAAGGGUACAAGUUGGUUUUAGACCAUUCAGAGAAGAUGAAGUUCGAGUUGAAAAAGAUAAGAAAAAACCAUGGUUAAUUCAUAAUUAUGGAGCAGGUGGUGGUGGUUACCAGUCUAGUUUUGGAUUAGGUAAACAAGUUGUAAAUAUCUUAUCAAAUGAAUUAAGAAACUCUAAAUUAUGA